ACUAAGCAGAGUCAAAGCACAGCAGCAUGCCAGCGCCUAGUAUACAAGAAGUAGACAUGGACGCCGAUGAGGAGAUACAAGUUAUGGGAGAACGUAAAGGUCCAAAGCGAACUCACGUCGUCAGUGACUCGGAUGACGAGACCACACUCCCACGCAAACGCACAAAGGGAUUCAAGCAAUCUCUCACAUCCGCUACCAGCAACGUUCGCAAAGCACUCGAAGACGCUAUCAGUACGGUCGACGGACUCUCCGUUGUUCUAGACACGAGCGAGACGGAUCGACUCGCUACAGCGGCCAACAAUGCAGCUAUCAACGCACUUGCCAACCAGCUCGAGUGUGGGCUGUGCUAUGAACUCCUCGUCAGACCAUUUGUGAUGUCCUGCGGCCAUACGGCUUGCGGACCUUGUCUGGCCUCGAUGUGGAAGAGCAAGGCCCGGGCCUUAGCGGAGCCGGACCGUCUUGAGCUGAGGGAGAAACACUGCCCAUAUUGCGAUAAGGUGAUCAGGGGACGGCCAGCGGUUAACUGGACUCUCAAAUCCCUGCUUCAAUCUGCGGAGGGGAAGGAGAUCAUUCUGCUUUCUGGACGACAUCUGAUGGAAGAAACCAAGCCGAGCGAAGACCUAUGGGACGGUAUCUUUCCACUCGAUGACGCAGUCCCAGGCCCAGCUCCUGCUCCCCCUUUAGCCGCAGCUGCAGCUGCACGACCUCCCGUCCCUCCCCGAAUCGCACACCCAGCUCAUCACCCCCCUGGGAGGAUGUACGUCCCCCGAUAUCCGAUACCUCAGGCUCCUCCAGGUCGGGAAAUCCGCUUUUUCCCACCGCAACACCCCGCUGUCAAUAGGAACGACCCAAUGCAGUUCUUCUUCCCGGAGCGCAACGAGUUCCCCGGAGUGCUCCGUGGACAGCCAGGGCCUGUGCGCCUCGGCCAACCUCAGCCCAACCCCAAUCAGGGCCAACAGUUCCCAGAACCGGACAUAGCGCAAAGGCAGCUUUUUGCAGAUCGGUUGAGGCAAGCACAGCAAGCGCUUCCUGAUCCGCUUGCGGAGCCUGAUGCGGCGAGGCGGAGUUUGGCAGAUCGGAUGAGGGAGACGCAGUUGAGAGAAAGGGCUCUGACGCUCGAAGAGGAACUGGUUCGGCGUCAUCAGCAACAGCAACAGCAGGCACCGGGCGCACCAGCAGCACCCGCUCAACCAGUCCACCCCGGGCCUGUGCAGCCAGUGCGCCUUCUCCCUCCAAUCCGCGAGGAUCAAGAACACAUGAACGAGGCGGUGGAAAGGAUGAUGAGGCACAGGAGGGAAAUGGCGGAGAUGUUGCAUCAGGAGCAGAGACAGAGACGGCAGCAGUUUUUGCAAACCCGGAACCAGCAACAGGCUCAGCAGCAGCAACAGGUCCAACAGCAGCAAUAUCAGCAGCCUCAAGCUCAACAACAGGCCCAGCAACAGCAGCAAGUUCCUGCUCAACAAGCCCAGCAAGCCCAACAAGUUCAGAAUUCAGUUCAAGCCCGAAUGCCCCCCUUCGCCCUCCUAGACGCAGGCCCUUCCAGAACAGGCCUCAACAUCUCCCUCCCCAUGCAGCCCGUGCCUAAGCCUGGUAGCACGCCAAGCCCUCUUACACCGGGGUCUCUUGCUCCUGUUGCUGGCCCUUCAGCGCCUGAACAAGCGCGAGAGCGUCAGCGCGCCGGCGGGGAGGGGAUCAUGCCCGUCCCCCCGAGAAUGACUUUGACUGCAGAGCAACAGCAGAGAUUCGCAGACGACAUGGAUGCGUUCGUUAGGGAACAGGUGGCAGGGCUCAAUGCGUGGAUGGAUGGGAGGGCCAGGUAUGCGCAUUGAUCUGGUGCUCUGAUACGCUGGUGCGUUGAUGCGCUCGGGCUUGGGAUGGCGUACGCUAGGGUGGUCGGAAGGGGGUUGAUGUGCUGCGUAGGGUUGGUGAGCCGGUGCCGGUCUUUGGGGGUGGUCGUUGGUCGUUGGUCGUUGGCGGUUGUUCGUCGUUCCGGGUUAGUCAUAAUGCCUUCAAUGUUCAUCAAGUUUCAUGCCUUGAUUUCCACUUCCACUUUACUUCUGCUUUCAGGUCAUACGGCCUAGACGGCCUGUAUCCCAGGCCCUUCCAUUCGGUAUACUUCUAUUGUCAUACAUGCUUUCACACUUCACGUUCCCGUUCUCUUGCUCUCGCUCUGUCCUUCGGUCAUUCGACGUCUAGUGUUCCUUUCUUCAUUCAAAUUCAAUUCCAAGU